AUGUCGGAUCCCUUUUUCCAGAAGAAAAGGAAGCGCAGCGCCGGCGGCGCGCCGCGUGCGGCGAAAGGCGCGGCGCGGAAGGCGCGCGACGAGUCGGACGAUGAGGGCGGACUCGAGGCGGUGGAGGAUAUGGACUUUACGCACCGCUUUGACGAAGACGCCAGCGACGAAGAGGCGGCCGAGACGCCUGCCGAGGCCAAGGUGCGCCUUGCGCGGCUGUACCUCGAGGGGCUGCACGACAAGGAAGAGACGGAAAUCGAAGGCGCGGAUGCCGCCGUCGCUGACCGUGAAAACAUCGCCGCACGUCUCCAAAAAGACGUCCAGGAAAGCAGCGGGCACUUGCAUAUCUUUGUCGCACAGCGCCUGCGUGCGCCAGAGGCCGAGGAUAUCCUUGCGGUGCGUGGCCACCGCCUCGCAGUGACGUGCGCGCAGUCUAACGCAGGCGCCGCGCACUUUUACUCCGCCGACAAGGACGGGCGGAUCGUGCAGUGGCGCCUGCUCGACGGCACGCAGGUGUGCAUCCUGCCCCGCCAAAAAGAAGUCGAGGCGCCCCAGGCACGCUCGCACACGAGCGGCGCGGCCCGCCGCCGCGAACGCGAGGCACGUCGGAAUACGGCCUUCCAAGGCGCCGUGCCGCUCCGGAACCACCAAGGGCACACGUCCGACAUUUACACGCUGGCCGUGAGCCACGACGGGCACUACCUCGUGUCGGGCGGCCGCGACCGCCGCAUCGGCGUGUGGCGUAUGGACACGACGCUGCGCUGGCUGCGUGCGUUGACCGGCCACAAGGACGCGAUCCGCGGCCUGGCCUUCCGUGGCGAGUCGCUGGACCUGUUCAGCGCGUCGUUUGACCGCACGGUGAAGCUGUUUGACGUGUCGCAGCUCAGCUAUAUCGAGACGCUCUUUGGGCACCAAGAGGCGAUCCAGGACCUGGCGUGCCUGCGUGCCGAGCGGGCCGUGACGGCCGGCGGCCGCGAGCGGACGUGCCGCCUGUGGAAGAUCAGGGAAGAGAGCCAGCUGGUGUUCCGUGGCGGCACACGCAGCAAGGUCCAUGCGCUGCUCGAAGGCGGCGACCUCGUCGAUACCCACUCUGAGAAAAACGAGGUGCAGGAGGGGAGCAUGGACUGCGUCGCGAUGAUUGACGACCACCACUUUGUAAGUGGAAGCGACGCAGGCACCCUCUCUCUGUGGUCCAUGGCGAAAAAGAAGCCGCUCUUCACCAUUGCGGCCGCGCACGGAUUCGACGUGCGCGUGAGCGAGACCGAGGGCACGCAGCAGCUUCCGCGCUAUAUCACGAGCGUCGCCUGCCUCCCGUACGCAGACAUCUUUGCGUCCGGCUCGUGGGACGGCGAAAUCCGCCUGUGGGCACUCGACGCGGACAUGCGCAGCUUUGCGCCGCUCUUUACCAUUCCCGCCAAAGGCGUGGUCAACAGCCUGCAACUCUUUACGCCUGCGAUCGAGCGCGCAGAGGACUACCCCGUGCACCCUGGCCGCUGGCGCCGCCGCGGCGGCCUCGAGGCACCGCUCAAGGCGCCGGGCGACGAACCCGGCAUCCAGUCGCACGCAACGCGCUUCGCCGCUGUCCAGCACGACCCCGCGACGGGGCGCGUGCUCGGCCACAAGGAGUGCAUCCCCCCGCUGCUUAUCGCGGGCAUCGGCCAGGAACCCAAGGUAGACCGCUGGCUCGUCCAGCCCGACGCCGUGCCGGGCACGCUCGUCGUGCCGCUCUGGCUCCCGUAG